CUUGAACCUAUUUUGUUUCAGCCAGGAGUUUCUCGGGCGGCAUCACCAGAGAGAUGUUGGCUGAUUUUUCGGGAUGAUCUGCAACAUCUGACACGAGGGAUCAAACCGUCCUCAAUUAUGGAAGAGAGGCAGAACGCGAACGGAUGUUUAGUGCAAUAGAAACUGCCAUCUUUUUCGAAGAAGAAGAAGAUCUCUCUUUUCCUGCAAGUUUUCAUCAUGCGCCUCUCGGAUAUCAGCAGAUCCGCCGUGAUUGUGCUCUGUCUUUUAGGAUGCAAUAUCUGGAAAGCAGUAACGGAGGCUUUGCGAGAAGAUAGCGACUCCAAGGAAGUGGCUUUGAAGGUCCACCUGAGUGACGCCAGCACUCACCAGCCGCUCUCCGACGCCACCGUAGAGGUCUUCGCCAAUUACACCCCCGUCGCCAGGGAGACCUCCGGAAGCGACGGCAACAUCUUCAUCCGGUUCCCGUAUCGUCUGGGCGACCUGCUGGUCAUCACAGCUACCAAGCGAGGCUAUGUCCCUAACUCCGCCCCUUGGAGACCAGCCAGGCUUCCUGUCUUCUCAUCGCUGAGUUUGGAUCUGCUUCCUGAGAGAGCUGCUACUUUAAUGGUCUAUGACGACGAGGUUCAAAUCGUCUCUGGAUACCAAGGAUCGAGGCUUCAGCCGUGGAUUCAGUUCCAGAGGCGAGCUCUGAGUCUUCCUCCUAACACCACCUACACCAACCUGACUGCCUUCCUCACUGUGACCCACUCUGGACAGAACACACAGCACUUCCCGUACCUGCAGGGCCUCGGCUCUAACAGCACAGGCAGCAACCGAAGGUUUGAGCUGACCCCUGUAGCUGCCAUCAGCGUUCACCUUUUGGGAAGCGAUGGGGCGGAGCUUCUCGUCAACGAGCCAAUCAGCGUGAGCGUUCCUCUCCCUGCCAACUGCGGCUUGAAGGAGAAUGACCACAUUCCUGCCUGGAGGUUCGAUCCCAAACUCGGAGCCUGGUUGAAGAGCAGUUUGGGCUACGUACAGAGAGAAGGGGGAGGUGAACUCAUCCUCACCUAUAUCGCCUCUCAGCUCGGUUACUGGGUCGCAGCCAUGUCUCCUAUAAACACAGGUCCUGUGGUUGCAAAGGACAUCAGCACAUACCACACUGUGUUCCUUUUGGCCAUACUGGGAGGCAUGGCCCUCAUCCUGCUCUUCCUCCUCUGUCUUCUGCUCUGUUACUGCAGAAGAAAGUGCUCACGUUCAAGACGAGCUCAUCAAAAGUACACUCUGACCUCAUCUCUAGACAGCUCCAAAAGAGACCAAGCCACAUCCAUGUCCCACCUCAACCUCAUCAACGAGGUCCAACUGGACCACGUAGGGGUGGAACCAGACCUGCACACACCCAUGCUGAAAGCCGCCCCUCGCGAUUCGUCCACCAAUGAGCUGGUAUCAUCUCGAAACGUGUUUGGGAGUCACUCCCAGCGUGACUAUCACCGCAGCUACUCCUCCGUCGUCUCCUCGACCGUUCAUCCUCUCCACACAUCUGCUUUGUCCUCAUCUCCGUAUCUGCUGCACCAUGCCGCCUCAGCUGGCCGUCUGUCCUCGGAGAGCAAGGCCAGUCCACGCGAGCUCCGCCUUUCUCCAUCCACAACUUCACCCACAACUUCGCCAGAGAGGGAUCUGGGGGCGGACCACCGUCCAUCUGACUUCCUGCUCUCACGUUCAGUGGAUCAGCUGGAACGCCCACCAGGCCUUCUGCCCGGCCCUGGAGCGCUGCUUUGCUGCACGUCUGAGCUCCAAGUAAGCCAGGCCGGAGCUGGAUAUCAGAAAGGCCGGCCCACUUUGCUGAUCCCCGCCCAUUAUAUGCGGCUGCCUGGGACGCACCCUCUUUCAGGACAAGCUCUUCUGCUCCAAUCAGAUGAGCGGAGCGAGCUCGAGAGCAUCCGUGCAGAGCUUAACGCAUCUCAUCAGCCUCAAACCGAAGCAGGGGAAGUGGGGGACCGCACGGACGAAGGGGUAGAGGAAGGGAAAGCAGGAUUGAGGGAGGCAGGAGGAGGGACAGUAGAUGAGUGGUCGGCAGCGCUACCUGAAGCCUUGUCUAUCCCUAACUCGCUAAGUGAGGCAGCCCUUGGGGUGGUGCAGAUGAAUGGAGAAGAUCAGCUACUGGCUGAGAAGACGUUAAUGGAGCUGAGGGGUGGGAAGCCCCUCCCACACCCACGAGCCUGGUUUGUGUCGCUGGACGGCCGCUCGAAUGCACACAUCCGCCAUUCCUACAUCGAUCUGCAGAGGGCAGCGCAUGGCAUAAACUCUGUGGGGAGCAACGAUGCUAGUCUGGACUCAGGCGUAGAUGUUAGUGACCUCACGCCAGGCCGCAAGGCCAAAGUUCAGGAAAAGGCUCCGGUUAUGUCACCCAAUGUCGCAUGCACAUCUCUGGUAUUUGUGGAGGCUAACUCUAAUGCCAAUGCUCAUUCAGAACCCAAUGAGAGUAAGAGCCAAACUCCUGCCUGCAGUCCGGAAGAAAACUCACUCGUUCCCUUGUUGCCAAAAUCUGAGACGGAGGAAGAGACUAUAAUGCCUCCUUCACCUCCACUGCUACCCACUCCUCCUCUCCCGUCCCCUCCUCCGCUCCCAGAUCCCGCCAUAGAGGAGGAAGACGAGUCAAGAGGUGACAAGGAACAGAUAGUGAGGACUGAGCGUGCCCAAACGCACCUUAAUCUCCCCUCGAGCAACAGCGCUCCAGACGGAUUGGCUGCUCCCGAGGACAUCGAUGAGAACAAGAAGAGUCCGUGGCAGAAGCGCGAGGAGAGGCCACUGCUUGCCUUUAACCUCAAAUGACCCCUGACUUUUAGCCUUUUUACCUGUGUAGCAGCCUUUCGGCUGAAGGAUUUCGGGUCUGACUUUUACGUCACGUUACGCAAACGCGCGAAAAGCCGAAGCGAUUCAAACCGACGAUGGCUUCUAGGAACUCGCUUGCGUAUGAACAAAAAUCGCUAAACACAUUUAUGCACAACAGCUAUGCCUUUUUCAAAAGAAACUGCAAACGACAAGCCAUCAUGUGAAUGUGAGAUGUUUAGCUUUAUGAACUGCUGCUGGUGUUCAGGUAAGCAAUAGGAUCUUCAACUGGCAGCAUACAGCACUGAGCACUGCGUCUCGUCCACAGUAAAUGUUUAAUCACGUCUUCGUCCUCCGUGUCCCAGCACUUAGCUGAACAAAAUCCCCUCAGUCUUGGAUUUAGCAGAAAGUCUUCCUUAAACGUAUCUGUGACUGAGUCUUUUGCAUCCUGUGGUUUUCAGUCUCUCCAGCGAGUGUUUGCUUCGUUUUGGUUUUUUGUCAUGCAUCACAGUCGGGUUUUGAAUCUUGGGCAUCCAUCGAAUGCAGUAUUUUCCCCUCAGUACAAUAAUCCAGUCAGUGUAUCCACUGUAACAUCUGUGAACUUCCUGUUCUGAUUCCCAUUGAGACUAGAGACUCACAGCUAUGCAUUGCUUCCAUUCUUAUUCUUUAAUUUUUAUUAUUAUUUGAACGUGUAUUACGAGUGUUUGUUGUUGUAUUCACUGUUUUUGAUUUUCGACACAUUUUAAGUGACCAUUUUAUUCAGCAGAAGUAGUUUCUUUUUCCUCUCUUUACUUGUAAAACCCCCCGUCUGUCUGAAGUGCCUAUGUAGCAGAUGCGUUAAUUUACAAUCCUCACCUCGACGUCUCCUCACAGAUUAGAUCCUAUUACAUAUCUAUGCUUUGUCUUUUUAUUCAUUUUUUUUUUUGUAUUUUUUUUAAAUGUAGUCCAUAAACCUUGUGUGUGUUUGUAAGUGUACUGUGUAUGAAUGAAGUGUCUCUACUGUGUAUUUCUCCCCCUGUGGAGAACGAGCGCACAUUUCAGAGUGUGUAUUUGCGUGUUUUGGGAGUUUGUGUCACUUAUUACGGUUGUCAGUUCUUGACCAAAUGUUUGUAUGUAUAAGUGUGAGUGUGUUUGCUCAUUUGAGUGUGUGUGUGUUGUUUGCUUGCGUGUAUGUAUGUGUGCGUGUGUUUGCGUGAGCGCAUGUGUGUUUUCUUGUUUGUGUGUGUGUGUGUUUGCUUGUGUGUUUUUGUGUUUGCGUGCGUGCGUCUGUCACAUAUUGUAUGAAUAUGAAAUCUAUCCUUGUGACAUAACCACUUUGCAAUCACUCCUCAACAAUCUCCUUUUGAAUGUCUGAACCGGUCACUUAUGAUAUAAAUGAGUCCAAUUA